AUGAAGUUUUCCUUCUUCACCAUCAUCGCCGCCUCCGCCUCCCUCGCCGGCCCGGCCAGCGCGCGGUGCGACGCCCCCGAGGCCGAGCGCCGCAUCUGCUACAACGAGACCGGCGGGACGCCGCAGGACAUCGUCCCGCGGGACGUCCUCCGCGCCGCCGACUACCUACGCAAAUACGGCUCCGAUCCCGCGCACGCCUUCUACACCAUGCCGCUGCCAGCGGCCGACCGGUGCGCCGAGUGGGACGUGACCACCUACCGCAGCGUGCGCGUGCUGGCCAAGCUGCACGGGCAGCGCGCCGCCAAGGUCACGUUUGACGACAUUGCGGACACGCUCGACGGGCACCGCGGCCGCGGCCGCAGGAAGCAGACGGAGGCGGCGCUCUGGGGCUGCGGGAGCAACGGCGGCCAGAUGGCGGUGCAGGUCAACGCGAGCGAUCCCCGCUACGGCGCGGAGGAGUUCAAGGACGGCUCGUUUACGAACAAGGGCAUCCUGAUAAAGGUGGUGCGUAACGUCGAGGCGGCGGAGGAGGAGAAGGACGAGUUUGAGAUGGAGGAGAUUUAG